UUUUAAUCAACUACAGCAUUGAUUGAUCCAAACAUGAAACAUGAACAAAGUAUGUGAUGUGGUAGAUCUGGCCUUUCUAGAGGCAUUUCAUCAAGUUCCUCAUAAGGUAAGAUUAAUUCUCAAAUUGUAGGUGGUAGGCAUUCAAAGUCGUCACACUGUUCAAAAGAACAGUUAAAAUAUAUGUCUAUAAAAACAAAAACAUUCUGUUUGCCCUUUAAUCGAUUUCCCAAAUCGUCUAAAAAAAUGAAAAUGUUCACAAUAAAAUGAGCGAACUGCUCAUGUAUCACACUAAGUGGGCUCCACGGCCGAAACGUUGUGUUUUCAGCAUGGAAUAAACCUAUAACUUGUUCCUGUGGUGAUUUUAGCUUUUCAGGACACUGAAACUGGAUACACGGACGGAGGGUUUUUUUCAGACCAAGACCUAAGUGCAGAAAAGAGUCUCAUCAAGGAAACACCGGUGAUUAAAGGCCUAGCUGUAACGAUACCCAGCAGACACGGGGGUCGCCCAGGUGCAGACAGAACUGUGUAUCAGUCUUUCGUCACAUUACAGCAUACUGAAAUGUGAUGGUCAGAGCAGCGGUCCCGUAAACGCGCCCACAGAGAAAAUCCUGUGGAUUGGAAUUCCUGAGUUUCCUCGUCAUGCUGAAACUCUGUAUUUUGAAGUACAAAACAAGACAUACUAUAAUGUACAAAAUUAAAAAGUUGCGUUCUAUUGACAAAAAAAUCGCACAACUACCGUUCCAAAUUGAAUUCAGAUGACAGACCGCAAUAGUUAAAUACACAUACUCGGUAUAUCAUAGAAUGAUGCUUCAUCUGAAACGAGGAAAAUGCAUUUUAAGUGGAAUUCUAUACAGAUGCAUACAGUGAUGUGUGCAGACAUUUGCGUUAAAAAUGCAUACAAGUGAAAGAAAAGCGCUAUAUAAGCGUAAGGAAUUGUUAUUAAUUAUAAAAAUGUUACUGCUGCCUAGGUUUUAAAUAUGGGACAGGACGCAUCAUCUUCCCUACCCAAAUUCAUGCAGAAACACGCCCCAUUUGGGCUGCAGCGGAAGUGUGGGUGUGCUUCGGGUCGAGGUCUGCUGUGAUUGGACACUAGCUGCCCACAGCCCGAAUAGGGCGUGUAAGUACACGAAUUCGGGUAGGAAACAAAAAUAAAGCGGGCAGCACGGCAACUUAAGUUUUUACCAAGUCGUAUAAUCCAAAAGUACUGGAUCUACGGUGUUUAAAACAAAUGCGUUCUGCGAAAAGUUAUGACACACUUCACACAGCCGGCCAGAAUAAAGCAGCGUUGUAGAAUAACUGCUAUUUGUGUCUGUUUUCACAGGCUGGCAGCGCGAACUCCUCCUUUUCCUGCCGUUUGUGGCGGGAGAAGUGAAUUCCCUCUUCAACCCGGAUAUCUCUGUGUUACUUAUGAGAGGGAACUGGACGGCGAUUCUGCGGAGUCACUCCGGGAACGAAGCGGCCCGCAGGUCCAUGGACCGCCGGUUGUCCCCGCAGGCCGAGGCCGGGAGUUGGACGAGAACCCGCCAGUCGGUCGAGCAGCUGCGGAGCCUCUUGCUGUGCUGCAGAUGGACAUGCGCUGUCGGGUGUGUGAGCGAGGGCUGCAGUGUGUGUCACACCCCGGUGUGGCUCACAGACCUGCAGAUUAACCGGCAGCUGGACAGCAUCACCCAGCACGUCCACAAGCUGGAGUCCCUGCUUCACUGCGGAGGUGCAGCUUCCCCGCAGGCUGGCCCUGCGGCCCGAUCCCUCGGGAGGCACAGGAAGAACUUCAGAAUCUGGUUCAGCCCGCGGAGCCGCAAGGUCAGGUGCCGGCUGGAGAGGGGAGGGAGCGGAGCCCCAGACGCGCAGGCGGAGGCCGGCCGCCCGGCGGGCCCGGCCGAGGCCUCCGUCUUCGACUUCGCCGCCUCUUCCUCGUCCCAGAGCUCGGCUGAGGGCAGGAAGAGGAAGCACGGCGCCAGACCCGCAACCCGGGGGAAACCGAAGGGCGGGGUCAGCAAGAGGCAGAGGCUGAAGCGCGUCAACCGGGAGUGGGGCGUCCAGACCGCACGGGGCCCCGGGGCGAAGGCAGCGGAGGAGGAGGAGGAAGAGGGACUGGAGGGAAAGCAGGUGACGUCCAAGAAAGCUGUGUCCUUCCUGGCCCCGGAUGUGGUCCGCGGUGCUGGAGACCCCGAGGGGCCGCGGGCUGGCCCUUCUCAGCGGGAAGGAGCGAGGAGGUCCUCCCUGCGGGUGGCCGUGAGGGCUCCACAGACCGGUCGAGACGGGGCGGAGGAGCCCGCUCCCAGCCCGGGCCCGGCGGGAGAGCCGGCGCCGCUUCCGCCGCAGGGGACAGGCUCCGCGGGCGAGGGCGCCCCCCUGAGGCCGAGGCGGGGCACGCGCUCCAGUGCUCAGGGCUCCCCGAGAACACCCUGGAGGUCCCCCGGCUGCCGAGCCGGCGCCUCCUCUUCCCCGCCACCCGCAGGUCCCUGCGUGCCGCCUGUCCCCAAGAAGGCCAGGGUGGGCCCAGAGUCCGGCGCGGGAGGGGAGGGUGGCAGGGAGCCCGCGCCACACUCGCCGAGGAGGAGGGCGCCCCUGAGGCGGGGGUCUUCGGCCUCCCCUGGGCAGGCGGCGCCCCCCGGGAGACUGGCAGCGAUGAAGAAGAACUUCAAAGGAGAAACCCCCUUGCACUUGGCAGCUAUAAAGGGAGAUGUGCAGGCUGUGCAGGAGCUGUUGAGCAGUGGGACAGACCCCAACCUGAAGGAUCAUGCUGGCUGGACUCCCCUGCAUGAGGCCUGUAACCAUGGACACCUGCCUGUAGUGGAGGUGCUGCUGCAGCAGGGGGCGCUGUUGAACACACCGGGGUACCAGAACGACUCGCCGCUGCACGACGCGGUCAGGAACGGCCACACGCUCGUCGUCGGGCUGCUGCUGGAACACGGCGCCUCGCAGGACGUAGUGAAUAUCUUCGGCCUGCGGCCUGCCGAUUACGCCGAGACGCCCGAGAUGAAGGCCCUCCUGCAGGCAACUCCCCAGGGGACCCCAACCCCACUGCAGAGCCCCAAAACCAGUUUGAGCAAGGUUCGAGGAUUUGGGUCCGUGACGGUGCUGGGCAGUAAGCUGACCAAGCCCCAGCUGGCACAGCUCUCCAGGCUGGGCAGAGUCCUGGGAGUUGGGCAGGCAGAGAGCUUCACCAGCGCGGUGACCCACGUUGUGGUCGCGGACGGCCCAAUGCCCACCACUCUGAGCUGCCUGCUGGCUGUGCUGAACGGCUGUUGGAUCCUGAAGUUUCAGUGGGUGGAACACUCUCUCAAGGCUGGUACCCUUGCCCCGGAGAGCGACUAUGAAGUUGGAGAGGGGGCCCAGCGCAGCCGUGUGAACAGAGAGAACAUGCUCCCCCGGCUCUUCGACGGCUGCUUCUUCUUCCUGCGCGGCUCGUUCCGGCGGCCCCCCAGGGACGAGCUGCUGCGGCUGGCGAGGGAGGGCGGCGGCCGUGUGCUCCUGCGGCAGCCCAAGCCCGACAGCGACGUGACGCAGACCGUCGCCGCGGCCGCCUACCACGCGCCGCCGGGCUCGGACCAGCGCUCCUGCACGCAGUACGUGCUGUACGACCGCGGCUCGGCCUACCGCCCGCCGCGCGUCCGCCUGGGCAAGGUCUGGUCCGCCCCCUCGGCCUGGCUCCUGGACUGCAUCGCGGCCUUCCGCCUCCUCCCCGUGCCCGAACCCGAGCCCCAGCCCCCGGGCCCUCUGCGCGCGCCGAGCCGAGGUUUCCCGGCGGCACACCACACCACGGUGCAUGAAACUCAGGUGGCAAACGCUCGGAUCUCACCCGGGUCCGUCCCCUUGGAUUUAUGAUUAUUUGGGGGGAGGUUCUGUUUUUCCCGCCAUUUCUUUGCAUCUGAACCCCUGCUUUUACUGCCUGCGACUGUACAAGAGCUGUGAAUAUAUCUGUACGUAUCUUGGAUAUCUUUCCUCUUCUCUUUUUAUAUUAAUGGCUCAGCAGCUGUCAUGAAGAGAGUGUUCCAGUAUGUACAUUCACACACUAAGAGAAGAUGUUAAAUGUAGCAGGUGUUCUUAAGUGAAUUUUUACUGUUGUUAAAUAUUUAUGUUUACCUGUCUUUUUCUGCAGUAAUAUAUUCUAAAAUAAAUCAUGCAGCGUCA